AUGCGGGUUUCUCAUUACUUACUCGCUUUCGUCUCCAUUAAUGAGCUCCAGCUCAUCAUUGACACCAACGCCUCCCUUGGUGGCUUCAGAUUAAGACUUUGGCUCCAAGGUAAUCCCCACAGGGACUUCGUACAGGAUGUCAGGGGCUACUGGGACGCGCAGGCCGAAUCAUCCGCUGGCAACACUAGCAUUCAGCCAAGCUACUGGAGCGGUUUCGUGCCCCACAUAUUACGGCCAGCUCGUACGGUUACGCAUGAAGAAGCGCUUUCCUAUUUCAAAAAUCAAUGCGGCCGUCCAUUUCUACAAACCCCUGAAACCACUAAACUUGUGCAGAAAGUAUUAAAAUAUCUUCUGCACGACGAAUCCAUGUCUCUGAUACAUCUAGAGGAAUGGUGCUCAGUACUUGCCUAUAAAAUUGAUUCCCUUCGGGGAAUCGGAGUGAUUACCAAUUCGAUUCUCUAUACUUUUCACACACUCCUUCUGAAGAAUCUCUAUGAUAAGCAUUUCACGAGUAUAAUCAGUGCCAUGGUGUGCGGCAUUUGGUCAAGAACUGUACCCCCUGAGACAAAUCUAAUUGACCAAACGGGGCGGAAACUCAAUCCGCCCGAGCUUGAUCCAAGCUCUGCUUUUCGCAAAUGGGUCCAAAAUGAUUUCAAGAAACAUUAUGGCAGUGAACCGAGAUAUCCGCAUGGGAUGGGGGAAGAUAUGGGAGCAGAUCCGAUAAGUGGUAAACGUAUUUCGGAUGAGCCUGUCGAGGGAUCACCAGAGUAUGUUUGUUACCUGUCGAAUCUACAAAACAUUCAAAAUAUGAUGGGAGAUGUGACGAAUGGGAUAGACUAUGUCAAACAGCACGUACUGGUUUAUCUGGAUUGGUCCGACCCAAAGUGCACUUUAAAUAUCCUGCAUGCAGCGGUAAUCUCGUCCAUCGGUCUCGCAUUACUGGGUCCCUUUAUCCCUUGGAGGUUUGUCCUUCUCGUCGGCGGGGAAGCUAUGUUCAUCGUUAACCAUCCAAGGUAUUUUACCACACUAUCUGUUUGUAUCGAAGUACAAGGCAUGUCAGAUUUAUUCUCGAUAGCUGACUAUAAUGCCACCGAGUGUAUCCUACAUGUCUCAAGAGCGAUGGACUCAGAGAUUUUCACCCAGAGGCCAGGAAUCAUUGAGAAAAAUUCCACAGAAUCAAGCAUUGAUCGCCUGCUACUCUUGCUCGAUACUGGAUCAACACCAUCGGUCCGUCUCACUGCUGCCCGUCAGCUCGGCCAAAUCGCUGCGCAGACCAUCCAACAUUCGUCGACAUCGUUCGUUUCAUCCACAAGUCUUACGCCUAACGUGGGCCCAUCGAUCACCCAGGCCGAUUGGCGCGGCGUCGAUGGCGAAUGGCAAGAAAUCGUCAACCUGCUCAGUCGGAUUCUGCCCUAUCUUCGAUCGAAAAGCUGGGAGACGCGUCAGGCUGCCAGUGAAGCUGUCGACGCAAUCUGCAAGGCCGUCGGAAUCUGGGAUCCUACCCCCACAGAAGUCCUCAGUGACUCCGCCUCAAACUCUGAUGAAAAGCUCUCAUCAAGCACCACUCAGAAUCUCGAAGGCCAGAAUGCUCGACGCGAAAAUCUUCUCACCUACCAAAGUUUCAAGCUGGAUGCCGUCUUGAGCGAGGGUAUCAUUCUUCUCGCAUCGGCUGGCAAGGAAUUUGAUCACCAAUCCAACCAUCUUCGUUCGGGUGAGAGCCUAAUAGCAGCGCAGCGCGACGUGGCCAAUAAGCUCGGGCUCGGAGGAUUGGGUCCGAUCGACUUUGAAUCAAUGGGUGUUGAUGACCCCAUGCAAGAACAGCAGCAGGAAGUUCAAACUCAAGAGUCUUCGCAACUUUCAACCCCCAAUCCUCAUCGACCUCAGGGCCUCACUCCAAUUUCAAUCGACCCCCGCCAGCCUCCUCGUGCUUCUAGUGACUCCUAUACAUGUGCCACACCAACCGCAGAGGCAGCAGGACUAUCCACACUGGGCCUAUCCCAGUCUCCCCGUUCCAAUGUCUUCAAUCAGCCCGCUCACUCAUCCUAUCCGCCAGCCGACGACCCUAGCUCAGCCAAAUCAACUCCUACCAUGAGAUUUCCCCAACUCCCUGCCACCGCACCUGCCUCUGAAGCUGAACUAUCAUCCCAAAACGUGGAGGGAUUGUCGGCCCGUGAACGUAAUGCACUCAAGCGUAAGCGCAAGGCUAUCAGUAAAGGGAACGCAGGGCCGAUAUCAACAUCUCUAUCCAGCUCUGCCAACGCUGGGAUACCCCCGAGUCCAUCUGAACCUUCGCAGACCCCCAAAUUUCGAAUUAUUGAACAACCUUCUAACUUUUCUGAUGACCCUCAUGGGCGCGUGGCCGUGCCCUCAUCUCCAUCCGUGUAUCAACCCGGCUCACAAGCAGAUCCCAACAAUGAAGAUCAAUAUGCAAAUUCCGCUGCUCAACCAACUACAAGCAACAAGGUGAUCAUUGAUCCAGGCGCCAAAGCUCAGGCUCGCAAAGCAGCCCUUGGUCAUUCAGGCUCUCCUAGUGGCGGUGAAAUCAAUGCUGUUGCCCCUUCUCACACCGCCAAUACGACUUUGUCUUACGAGGCGGGGAAAUGGCCGUUUACAUCCUUCGUUGAGAUUUUAAUGAUCGAUCUGUUUUCUUCCCAGUGGGAGUACCGUCAUGGCGCGGCGUUGAGUCUCAUUCCUUUACUCAAGAUUCAAGGCUCUGGCGCAGCGAAAUCGGUGGGCGUCACUCGCUUACAAAAUUCGGAGCAGCAUCAACUAUGGAUGGAAGAUAUUGGCCUCCGAUUAAUUUGUCUACUCAGCUUAGAUCGGUUUGGCGAUUACGUGGGCGACCAAGUGAUUGCCCCUGUUCGAGAGACUGCUGCUCAAGCUAUCAGUCUCGUCGGCCGGUAUCUCGAUCAAAGCGGCGUGCAGCAUAUGCUGUCCAUUUUCCACCAAAUGGUUGAGCAGAAAAACGCUCGUUCUCAUCCUCAGAGAGGUUACGCCUGGCAAGUCCGACACGCGGGGUUGUUGGGGAUGAAAUACCUCGUCGCCGUUAAAAAUGAUAUGCUUCGCGUGGGUCCCAAGGAAGAUCUCAAUGAUGCAACAGGGAGUACCUCUGCCAAUGAUCCAAUACUCAAGCCAGAAGCCAAUAAUGGUACGGAGGAAGCGAAACCAGAGGUCUCAAUGGAUUCUGAAAGCAUGACUGAUGCCAACGUCAAGCCGAAAGUCCUACUUGAGCCUCAACCGGACCCUGCUGAUUCUGGUCAGCGGGUGGUGUCCGACGAGAAAUUUCCAUCCGGUGCCUCGUGCACUCAACCUGUUACCCUCUUAUCGAUAAUCACUUCAGCUGCUUUGACUGGAUUGACGGAUCAAGAUGACGACGUUCGUGCUGCCGCUUCCGGUGCACUGUUGCCGGUGACUGAUCUCAUCGUUGAGCUUUUACCAACGAGGCUGAACAAAUUGCUCGAAGUGCUAUGGGACGCCCUGGGUACUUCCAAAGAUGAUCUCUCCAGCUCCGUCGGGAACAUAAUGGAUCUAUUGGCAAACCUUAUUACAUACCCAAUUGUUCUUGGUCAAUUAUCGCUUGCGCUUGGUGGUCAUACUCUUCCUUCUUUAAUCCCACGACUAUUCCCCUUUUUCCGCCACACCAUCUCCAAUGUCAGACUAUCAGUAGUCAAGACGAUCCACGUCUUUUUGAAGAUGCCCAAUCUGCCGGUGCGUGAAUGGGUCGAUGAGCGUUUGUUACGCUUGACGUUCCAAAAUCUUCUAGUUGAAGAGCGAUCUGACGUUCGCGACAUGUCGCAUCAAGUAUGGAUUGCAGCAACUAGCGGGUUGCUGGUCUCAACACGAUCCGCAGAUCUACUGCUGAGCUAUAUCCAACCUCACUUGACCGGUUGGUUUGAAUUGAUGACAACUCCGAGAACACGCAAGCUCAAUGCCUCCCUCUUCUAUACAGCAACUCGCUAUGCCCAGCCAACCACUGCGCAGGAGUUGAGCAUGGUUUACAACGUCGAUAAACCCAUCAUGUCUCAAGAUUUAUCUCUAGUCUCCACCGACGAUAUUUUGCGCGGAAGGUUAAGUGCUUCGAAAGCGAUAGGUUGUUUAAUGUCGCAAUUGACUCGGUUCGAUCAACUCGACUUAUUCGCCAAGCCUUUGUUAGAUUCCAUGAAGUCCGAUUUCGCUCUUCCCAAGUUACUAGCUUCAAUCACUGUCGAGAACUGGGCGGAAGAGUAUCGUGCAACUAGCGACGAACUGAAAACGGCCAACCUUGGACAAUUAACCGCCAUACAGCCUCUGUCAGACCAGCUUCGGAAAUGUUCAUUAUUUGCAGGUACCAAGUCAAGUCAUGCCGAAUUGGAUUCCCUUCUUAUCGGUACACGUAAAGAUAUUGAAGGCCUACUCGCAACCUUUGCCAGUCUUGGCAAAGUACCCCCUGAGAAAAUCCCUCAAUUCCCAUCGGAUCCAUUUACGAUCGAGUACGCCUCACACGUAGUGAACAAUGAUUAUCCGAGUUUACUCCCAUUGUUAGGCCGAGCAAAUAAAAAGACGGCUCUAGCAAGUCUUGAGGACCGCAGGCGGAAGCUGCUACAUAUCAUUAGCAUGUAUGAGAGGGACAAAGUCGCGUUCGAUACCCAAUUAGAUGCUGCCGCUGCUGCCGCAGUCGUUGCCCUCCGUGAAAUUCCUGGAAAAAUCUCGCCAGUAAUCAAGGGCUUCACUCAAAGUAUCAAGAAUGAAAAUGUGCUCGAGCUUCAAACUCGUUCCGCGAAUGCUUUGGCUUCUUUUGUCGACGUUUGUACUUCUUCCGAGUCGCCAGUCAAGAAUGAUCCUACGGAUAAAAUCAUUCGCAAUUUAGCUACUUAUCUCUGUCAAGAUGAAUCGCAAACUCCGACCUUCGCGAAGAAUAGAAGCAAUAAAGUGGGAAUUUUCUCCGCUGAGGAUAGUGGAAUCCGGGCUCCCACCAAGAGUGGCCCAACUCACCGGGACAACCCUGAAUCCGAGAGCGCAUCUUCCCAAGCCAAGCUGCUGCGACGCGGCGCUGAACUUGCGCUGUCGUCGUUGGCUGCUAGAUUCGGCGAUGACCUUAUUGAUCGGAUACCCAAAUUGUGGCAGUGCAUGUCCGAGCCUUUGCUGACACUGUUCAGCUCCAGAGACGUGGCUCAAGUGGACUCGAAGAUGGAAAAUGAGGCAGCGGAACCGAAAUUAGCUCAAGAUCUACUGGACUGCCUUACUGUCUUGCCUGCCGUUGCUAGUAGCUUGCCUUCUUCAUCUGUGCCCCGUCUGGUCAUACUAUUCGAACCCUUGUGUCGUGCCGUCUCAAGCAAAUUUGCAGUGGUAAGAUACUCAGCAGUCAAAUGUUACGCAGAACUCUGUAAGUUCUUGCCAGAAGAAGGGAUGCUUCACUUCAUCAACCACGUCCUACCUUUGGUCGGAGAUCCUGUCAAUCUGGCUCAUCGUCAAGGCGCAAUCGAGAUGCUCUCCAGGUUGGUUGAUGUGCUCAGUAUUAAGAUUCUGGCGUACAUCAUCUUUCUGGUUGUCCCCGUAUUGGGCCGGAUGAGCGACCCUGAUGACGAUGUGCGCCACGUGGCUACCCACACCUUUGCCUGUCUGAUCAAGUUGAUGCCCCUCGAAGCCGGUGUUCCGGAUCCAACUGGAUUUCCGCCUGAAAUGCUGGAAAAGCGUCAGUCCGAGCGUCAAUUCCUGUCGCAGCUGUUGGGUGGUAGCAAGAUCGAGGAAUACAAUAUACCCAUCAAGGUCAAAGCCGAUCUCAGAAAAUAUCAGCGCGAUGGAAUCAGUUGGCUGGCUUUCUUGGCAAAAUACCAGUUGCAUGGGAUCUUAUGUGAUGAUAUGGGUCUUGGUAAAACGUUACAAUCGAUCUGCAUCCUUGCCAGCAAGCAUCAUGAACGCGCGGAACAGCACGCACUCCAGCCGAGUCCUAGCACCGUCCACUUACCCUCGCUCGUCGUUUGCCCCCCUACACUAACUGGGCACUGGGCACAUGAAAUCCGCACCUACGCUCCCAAUCUGAAACCUCUGCUCUAUGUCGGUGGUCCGCCAGAACGCAUGAUUCUAUCGAAAAAGAUCAAGAAACAUGACGUCGUGAUUUUAUCAUACGAUAUAGUGCGGAAUGAUAUCGAACGUCUGUCCAAGUUUACGUGGAACUACUGCAUUCUCGACGAGGGCCAUAUCAUCAAAAAUGCGAAAUCGAAGCUAUCACAAGCUGUCAAGCUCCUCAAGGCCAACCAUCGUCUCAUUCUCUCCGGGACGCCGAUACAAAACAAUGCUCUCGAGCUGUGGAGUUUGUUUGAUUUCUUGAUGCCUGGGUUCUUGGGGACUGAAAAGUACUUUAACGAGCGGUUUGGGCGGCCGAUAAGUGCGAGUCGUGAUGCGAAAAGCUCGUCAAAGGAACAGGAGGCAGGGGCACUAGCGCUCGAAGCUCUGCACAAACAAGUCUUGCCCUUCCUCUUGCGACGAUUGAAGGAAGACGUGCUUGACGACCUCCCACCUAAAAUCAUCCAGGAUUACUACUGCGAGCUUUCGCCCAUCCAAAAGCGGCUCUAUGAAGAUUUUUCUAAUUCCCAAGCCAAGCUUCAAGCCGAAGGAUUGAUCAAAAACUCCGAGCCUACUAAAGCUUCGGCCCAACACGUCUUCCAAGCGUUGCAGUAUCUCAAGAAGUUAGUCAACCACCCCUCCCUCGUCCUCCGACCCGAUCUUCCGCAACAUCAGCCCAUCCUUUCGAAGCUAGGGCCCAAAGGUCUUCGGGAUAUCAGCCACGCACCCAAACUCUUGGCGUUACGCCAAAUCCUGCGCGAUUGCGGGAUUGGAUUGACGACAUCGACCCACCUGAUCGAGACCGUUGCUGAUGACGGAGGAGGGACGACAGCCAGUGGCGGGACGAUUCCACAGCAUCGAGUGUUGAUCUUCUGCCAGAUGAAGCAGAUGCUGGAUAUCAUCGAACACGACCUCUUCAAGUUACAGAUGCCCAACGUGACGUACAUGCGCAUGGAUGGCUCUACUGACGCGACCAAAAGACACGAUGUCGUCCAAACUUUCAACUCCGAUCCCAGUAUUGAUUGUCUCCUGCUGACAACUCACGUUGGAGGCUUGGGUCUUAACUUAACCGGUGCAGAUACGGUGAUCUUUGUGGAACAUGAUUGGAACCCCAUGAAGGAUUUACAAGCAAUGGACCGCGCCCAUCGGCUCGGCCAAAAGAAAGUUGUAAACGUUUAUCGACUGAUCACUCGUGCGACUUUGGAGGAAAAGAUCAUGGGAUUACAACGCUUUAAGAUGAACAUCGCUACCUCGAUCGUCAACCAACAAAACUCGAACCUAGGCGCCCUGAACACCGAUCAGAUCUUAGACUUAUUCAACAUCUCGUCGGUCGACGGUGGCGCGACUGGCCCGAGCCAAUCCGACCCAAGUAGCAGCGGCCAUCAUGCGGGGAUCGAAGGCCAUGGGGGCAAGAAGAACGUGCUCGAUGGACUCGAAGAUCUUCCCCCCGAGAGCGAAUAUGAGUCUUUGGAUCCUGCCAAAUUCCUUAGUUCCCUCUAG